AUGAGAUGCAAUUCAGCUGUCCAAUUUGUCGUCACCUUGAGUAAUUUUCAACAGGUACUCAUUAUGGAUAAAGUCACCGUGAAAGUCAUGUCUUCCUCAUGCAAAAUGGCAGAUAUUACAGAUCAAGGAGUUUCAUGAUAUCUUCCUGAUUUAUUUUCUUAUCCUGCUUCUGGAAAUAUCCUUUUGCUGCAGUGGUGGAAGACCUUUUCAGGAGAAGACAACCUAUGCCAUCUAUGGAUGCCAUUUACUUUGUCCAACCCUCAAAAGAGAAGUUAG